CUAAACUUUUUUGGGCAGCACUUCUUCUCCAAAAGGGUUCGGCCCGAAUGAGUGUUGGGUUUCACCUCCGAGUGCCUCUUUCGACUGAUAUAUUCAUACAUCACCGACUCACUAUCCAGUUAUCUUCCCGACUCCCCCACACCUCUCGGCCGUCACCGAACGGGCGCCACUCUCCCGCUAGUUCCGUCGCCGUUGGGUGCAGUUCUCCGAUCGCUUAGCCAUUGUUGUUGGGAAACACCUGUCUUUAUUCCUAGAGAAAUUUCAAGAGGGAAAAAAUGGCAUUGCUCAGUCAAAGCAGUUUCCUCCAAGCCUCGGUCCAUCUUCUUCCAAGAAGUCUUAUGUUGCCUCCUCUCCCUAUUAAACAUCUCUCCACUUGCCAAAAACCUCUGUCUUCUGUCUCCAUGCCCAACAGCAAGAAACUCAGGUUCAUCACUCUGGCUUCUGUUUCUCCACCAACCUUAACCUCUAAAAAUACCCAAACACCAACUCAAUCCUUGAUCACUGAGUCAACUCAGACCCUCAGGAUGCUUUUAUCCCUAACCCUCUCUGCCUGCAUGCUCUUUGCUAAAGCACUACAAAAACUUGCUCUCAGAAUUUCCCACUCAAUCUCCCUAAAACCUGAUCCCCAAGAACUAGCUGCAAUUCAAUCUUUACAAGGCAAUCUCCUGUGUGCUGCAGGCCCAUUAUUCUUUGCAGCUAUGCGGAGCCAGCGAAGUGGGCACUUGAACACUCCACUGACAGUGGUGGCUGUCGGGUUAGCCAAAUGGCUUGAUAUCUAUGGUGGGCUGGUGAUGGUCAGGGUUUUGCUUAGUUGGUUCCCAAGCAUUCCAUGGGAGAGACAGCCACUUUCAGCUAUUAGGGAUCUCUGUGAUCCAUUUUUAAAUCUGUUUAGGAACAUCAUUCCACCAAUUUUUGGUACCUUGGAUGUUAGUCCACUGCUGGCUUUUGCAGUGAUGGGAGUUCUUGGGUCAAUUCUGAAGAACAGUACGAAGGUGUAGUGAUGACGCAACAAAUGUGGAGAGAAUAAGGGCUACUAAGGUGGUUAGUUUAUCAUUACCUUUUUGUAUUUGAUGGGAAGAUUUUGUUGGCUAAAGUACACUAGUGGCUUAGCCAAUUAGCUUUAGGAUUGGCAAUAUAAUGCAAUUCAUGUAGUUUGAUUAAAUAUUUUCCUGAGCUUCUCGAGGUACUUUGAUUUAUUUGAUGCAGUAUAAUCUGUCU